UCGGGCGGCCCAGUGACGUAUCAUCAAAGGAAGUGCUUCUUUUCGUCCGCUGGGGAGGAGUCUGUCGAUAUAUAGUUUCCUUAAUAAAGUGUCUUGUUUAUCUCAUGUUAAGUGAUUAUACAGUCGGCGUCGCGUUAUGUAAUUCGUUAUGUCUAUUUCUCCGGUUUUGGGACAACAUAUUUCGAACAGUAGGUGAUUAAUAUCAGACGAACGCUACAGGUCGGAGGAAACAUUAACGGAACAGGAAGGCGGAACAACCAUGUCUCUGGGCCUGAAACAAGUCUUCAACAAAGACCGGACGUUCCGCCCCAAGCGCAAGUUUGAGCCCGGGACGCAGCGCUUCGACCUGCACAAGAAGGCCCAGGCCUCCCUGAACGCGGGGCUGGACCUGAGGCAGGCCGUUCAGCUGCCCCACGGGGAGGACCUCAACGACUGGGUAGCCGUCCACGUGGUGGACUUCUUUAACCGCAUCAACCUCAUCUACGGCACCAUCAGCGACUCCUGCACCGACCAGACCUGCCCCGUCAUGUCUGGAGGACCCAAGUACGAGUACCGCUGGCAGGACGACCACAAGUACAAGAGGCCCACCGCCCUGGCGGCGCCCAAGUACAUGAGCCUGCUGAUGGACUGGAUCGAGGUGCAGAUCAACAACGAGAACGUCUUCCCCACCAACGUCGGUACUCCAUUCCCUAAGACCUUCAUGCAGGUGGCUAAGAAGAUUCUGUCUCGUCUGUUCCGAGUGUUCGUUCACGUCUACAUCCACCACUUCGACCGCGUGAGCCAGAUGGGGGCUGAGGCCCACGUCAACACCUGCUACAAACACUUCUACUACUUUGUCACUGAGUUCAACCUUACGGACCACAAGGAGCUGGAGCCGCUGAAAGAGAUGACCUCUCGGAUGUGCCACUGAGCACCAGCAGCCGACAGCCUGCUCACAUCCGUCCAUUAGAAGACUGCAUCAGAGAACCAAGAAAUACAAAUCAGACAGAGUUUUUAUUUUUAUAUUUAAGUACUGUAAUCUGUUUUAGCCACAUAGGUUUACCCACAAAUCUAAUUGUGUUCCAUUUUAUUCCUUUUAAAGAUUUCAAGCAUUUUAUCAGAGCACAGUAUUAAUGUUUUGUGUUUAUUUUCUUUCAUUUUGAAUCAUUCCAGAAUGUGUUUUUUCCAAUGUAAAUUUAACCUAAAUUGUAAUCAGUUGUGACAGUAAAUAAUUAAGAUUCUGUUUAUCAAAUUAAAAUCACUCUUUUCUCUGUUACUUAA